AUGGCCUCCGCCCCUCCUGUGCGCGCGGAACCAUGGACUCCGCCGCUGCCCGCUAAACCCGCACUCCCCCCUUCCGCGCCUCCCCCUUCCGCUCAACCAGCUCCGCCGCUCCCCUUCCAUCUCUGGCGGCGCCGCCAGCAGCGCCGCGUGCGCUCCGCGUUCUCCGCCGCGUCUGGCGCGCGGAAGCAGUGGGAUGCCGCCUCGGCGGACGGGCUGCGCGCGGCGACAGCUGUCGUGAACCGAUUGGUGCAGCUGAAGCAGCUACCUGGCAAGGACCUCGGGGCGGUGGGGGGCAUGGAGGGCAUCGUUGAGAGGGCAGCAGAGAAGAUCCGACGCAUUAUGGAGGCAUGGCAAGAGAGAGACAUGUACCCUGACGAACCCAUCUUCACCGCUCUCCGUCUCUCAGUUUUCGGUUCGUUGCCUUUCGCAGCAGUUCCUCAUCGGCUUGUCCCCUAUUCAUGUUCUUACCUCCCCUUGCUCAUCUCACCUCCCCUUGCACCCUGUCAGCUUUAUGCUCUCUCCUUGAUGCAGGCCUCGUUUGUCAUUAAGCAUACUCAUAUCUUCUCUCAAUCUCUCCUCACACACCCCCCUCCUCACACAUCUCCCUCCGCACAAAUCUCCCUCCUCACACGUGCGUCAGAGAGGUGGGCUGGGGACGUGGCAGCUAUGUUUCGCAGAGAGCUGCUGGUCAAGCAUCACUAUCAUCUCACAGUUCCUCCUUCCCCUCUUCCUCAUGCAUCCCUCUUCCUCAUGCAUCCCUCUCCUCCCCACCAGCGUCUCAUACUCUCUUCACUCAACUCAGCAGUCAGACAUGAAGCCGCCACCACCACCACUGCACGCACCACCACCACCACUCCAAAUACCUCUCUAACCUCCCAAAGCCCGCUUAAACACCCUCUCAACAUCCCUCCACUGUGCCUGCCAUGCGCCGCCUCGCCACCUGCCACUGUGCCUGCUCCCAAAGCUGAUGCCACUCUUGAUGCAAGUGCUCUUGCUGUGGAGGAAGGAGCGAGCCCAGGCGAAACGGUGGAAACAGGUGGAGGCAGGUUGGAAGCAGCAGGAGCAGCAGGAACAACAGGAGCAGGCAGGGCAGCCACAUCACGAGACGAGGACGGCCGUGAGACACCAGCGGCAACAGAAGAAGAGGCUGCGAGCGAGGCAGCAGCGGAGGGAGAAGCACCGGGUUGUUUGCAGGGAGAGGGAAUUGGGACUGGUGGGGGGGAUAUGGAGACAGGGAUUGGUGGAGAGCGCGGGGCAGGAGGGAAUGGGGGGCGUGGUCAAGGAGGGAGUGGCAUGCUGGAGGGGCAGAAUGGAUUGAAGGGACAGGCAUGGGCAGAGGGACGCGGACUGUCACACGGGCUUAGUGCAGCAGAGGGUUGUGAGUGGGCGGUGGUGCAGCAGCAGUUGGAGCAGUCAGGGCUGCUUGCCCGCUCGCCCACACCUCAACAGCUCCAGGUGUGUCUGGUGGCAUGGCUGGUGGAAAUGCACAUUGACUCUCGGUGUCUCUCUUCCAUCUUUGCUGCUGUAGAUGAGGAAGUGAAAAGUGUAGCAGCGUAA